UAGCAACAUCAUCUCUUAAGCUUUCUUCCACUUUUAACUCUCUUUUUUCACACUCUCUGCUUUGGGCUUUUUGCUCUCUUGUGUACUGAAACCAUGGCUUAUCUACUACCAUGGAAAAUGGUGGCAUUGGUUGUGGGUUUGUUUCUGCUAUGCUUUUCAGCUGAAGGAGAGUCCAACUUUUCCAACUUUGACAGGAUUCUCAGGCUACCGGGUCAACCAUGGGUAGGGUUCCAGCAGUAUUCGGGUUAUGUAACUGUUGAUGAGAAGAAAGAAAGAGCCCUUUUUUAUUACUUUGCAGAAGCAGAAAUAGAUGCAGCUUCCAAGCCUCUUGUUCUCUGGCUUAAUGGAGGACCAGGUUGUUCUUCUUUGGGAGUUGGAGCAUUUUCUGAGAAUGGUCCAUUUAGGCCAAAAGGAGCUUUGCUGGUUAGUAACCAAUAUAGCUGGAAUAGUGAAGCUAAUAUGUUGUAUCUGGAGACACCAAUUGGAGUUGGGUUCUCUUAUUCUUCUGAUACCUCCUCUUAUGAAGGCGUAAAUGACAAAAUCACUGCCAAAGACAACCUGGUGUUCUUGCAAAACUGGUUUCUCAAAUUCCCACAAUACAGAAACAGAAGUUUGUACAUUACAGGAGAAAGCUAUGCUGGUCACUACAUACCCCAACUGGCAGAUCUCAUUCUUCAAAUCAACAAGAAAGAAAAUUUCUUCAACCUGAAAGGCAUUGCUUUGGGAAACCCAGUUCUAGAAUUUGCUACUGACUUAAAUUCAAGGGCAGAGUUCUUCUGGUCUCACGGACUAAUAUCAGAUUCAACCUACAAAAUGUUCACUUCAGCUUGUAACUAUUCCCGCUAUGUAAGCGAGUAUUACAGAGACAAUGUCUCUUCUGCAUGUUCAAGAGUGAUGAGCCUAGUGACUAAAGAAACCAGCAGAUUUGUUGACAAGUAUGAUGUUACCCUUGACGUCUGUAUACCAUCUGUUCUUUCACAAUCCAAAGUCUUCAGUCCUCAUCAAGUUGGAGAGACAAUAGAUGUAUGUGUGGAGGAUGAAACAGUCAAGUACCUGAACAGGCUGGAUGUGCAGAAAGCUCUUCAUGCCCGUCUUGUCGGAGUCCGUCAAUGGGCGGUUUGCAGCGAAAUCCUAGAUUAUGAGCUGCUUGACCUGGAGAUACCAACAAUCACAGUUGUGGGUAGACUGCUAAAGGCAGGAAUUCCAGUUUUGGUGUACAGUGGAGAUCAAGACUCAGUAAUCCCAUUGACCGGAAGUCGAAAGUUAGUUCACAUUCUAGCAGAAGAAUUAAGAUUGAAUACCACAGUGCCUUACAGGGUUUGGUUUGAAGGACAGCAGGUUGGUGGUUGGACUCAAGUUUAUGGUAACAUUCUAUCCUUUGCCACUAUAAGGGGAGCAUCACAUGAAGCUCCAUUUUCACAACCUGAAAGAUCGCUCGGGCUGUUCAGGUCUUUUCUACAAGGCAGGCCUCUGCCAGAAGCAUUCUGACCAGUUCGUCAUUGAGAAUGCAGAUUCCAACUGUAAGUAAAGCUCAGUUAUUGUUGUUAAAGAACGGCACAUAAUCAUGAGAGAGAAUUGCGAUGGAUUGUUUGUUCUUUCAGGUUUGUCCAUGCUAAUGGAGUGUAGAAAAUUUUUGUAAAAAUCUCAAGAAACAAUGCAAAAGAGCAUGAAUACUUGUAGAUGUUGCUUCUAUGAUUCACUGAAAUCCCUAGCUUGUGAAAGCAUAUUAUGAAGGAACUUAAUCAACUUGUUAUAGCAAAAUAAAAGAAGGCAAAUAUUAUCAACAAGUUCUUACGGUGUUUCAAGAGCAGUUAGUAAUUACUCUACCAGAGCUUCAACCGUCAUUUUUACGCAACUGAACUGCAAAGCUAGUAUAAGCCUUGAUAACAUCAGGGAUAUGCUGAGGUCUCUUCCAUCAUCUCCACUUGUUGUAGAGCCCAUGUUCUUGCAAUAAGGGUUUUCCAGAGAUCAAUGGCUAUCGAUUUCUGGCCCAACAAUGGACAUAAUACCUUCGCUGGCUGAAUUGUGCGGACCCUGCACCACAAUUUUAUGAAAGUAUUUCAGACUCUUGAAUCAGGCAUCAUCAUGAAAAUAUUAGAAUCUUAGGAUUGUUAUUGUCAUCAAACAAAAUCAUCAUCGCAGAAAUAGAAGAAAAGGAAAGAAAGUCACUUGCAAUCAAUUUGGAAAGAGUAUUUCAAAAGAUUGGGAUUAUAAUAUGUACGGCCACUGCAAGCAUACGAAAGGAGAAGUUAGUUAUAGCAUCAGAGCAUGAAGUGAACUGGAGACAAGACUUCAGAAAAAGACUGGAUGGAAAUGUACCUAAAACUUGGAAGUGACAUUUUGAUUUGCGAACCCAUCCAUUUGUUUGAUUUCAACCCAGGAACUAGCUCGUGACCAGAAUAAGGAUAUAACAUAAAUCAAUUAGAAAUGUGAUGGUAAAAUGGGAGAAAAUUCGUUGAACCAAAAGACAAAGAAACCAGAAUCCCUUCCUUAUUUCAGGAUCAAGUAUACUGGUAUAUUAUGUUUGUACUGCAAAGAUAAAAGACACAUUCAAUCUAGCGCAAAUAAACAACAAAAGAUAAUCUCUGUAUAAUUUAUAUAGGAUUUAAUAAAAACUCAGAAGAAGCAUACAUAAGAGCACAUUUUUGAUAAUCUAAAACGGGUCUGCUCACGAAGCUUCACCUUUUCCCAUUCAAGGUUUUGUACUUUUUCAUAUCCAAAUUAUGGGAUAGGCACCACUAAACAAAUUAGGAUGCAUCACCUCGACUAUGACUAGCAGAAAUGGACCAGUCGCUCAUCCACUUAGAGACCAUAAUCUGAAGAGUCUCCAAAUCUUGUUAACCAGUCACACGAGACAUCUAUGUCCAGGGUUGGCGAGCACACCAAUGACUGAUACUACUCACAUUUCCAAAGUUUCUCCAAUCAUAUGAAUCAUUAUCUUAUCAACUGUUGUAUACACUCUUGGAUUGACAUCAUACUUUCUGAAUAAAUGUCUAACCUCUCCAAUAACAGAAUAAAUGUCUACAUUGCAUUCCAUAGCAGAAGAUAUGUGUUGAGGAUGACUUAGACAUGACUAUGAACUCCUGAAGAGAUGCAGAAUUCCAACCUUCACCACCAUAAAGGACCAGUGACUCUGUCGUCCUGCCAUAUUGUAAUGUUGUGGAUAACUUUUAUUCCUCGGCUUUAACCGAAAUUUUGUGUGGAAUUUAUACAA